AUGGAAGAAAAAUGGUACCCCUUUGACACAUUGAAGGAAUCGGCUUUGGCAUCUGGGCUGCUGGGUGGUUUGCCUCGUGGUAUUAUACGAGCUAGCUCAGAUUUGGAGAUGAAGCCUCUAUGGUCAACAAGUAGUUCAAGGUCAAAGGUUGAUCCUUCUACCCGUCGUUACUUGCUGGCAAUUCCGGUUGGCAUCAAGCAAAAGGAUAAUGUUGAUCAGAUUGUCCGAAAAUUUCUUCCAGAGAAUUUUACAGUUGCUCUAUUUCAUUAUGAUGGCCACGUGGAUGGGUGGUGGGAUCUUGACUGGUGCAAUGAAGCCGUUCACAUAGUUGCUAAGAACCAAACAAAGUGGUGGUUUGCAAAACGCUUUCUGCAUCCAGCUGUUGUGUCUGCUUAUGAUUAUAUAUUUCUAUGGGAUGAAGAUUUGGGGGUAAAGAAUUUCAAUCCAGGAAGAUACCUGAAAAUUGUGAGAUUUGAAGGACUGGAGAUAUCUCAGCCAGCUUUAGACCCAAAUUCGACUGACAUACAUCAUAGAAUUACUAUUCGUGCCAGAAUGAAGAAGUUUCACAGAAGAGUUUAUGACAGCAGAGGCAGUACCAAAUGUUCUGACGUCAGUGAGGGGCCUCCAUGCACUGGAUUUGUGGAAGGUAUGGCUCCAGUAUUUUCAAGAUCUGCUUGGUACUGUGCUUGGCAUCUUAUACAGAAUGAUCUAGUCCAUGGAUGGGGAAUGGACAUAAAACUUGGAUACUGUGCGCAGGGAGAUCGCACGAAGAAGGUGGGAGUUGUCGAUAGUGAAUAUAUUGUUCAUAAGGGCAUACAAACUUUGGGUGGGGGUGGACCUCCAGGAAGAAAGGCAUCAAAUACGGAGGAGUUGACUAAGAGACAUAGUGCUGGAUCUGUGGAUCCUAGAAUGGAGGUGAGAUUAUUGAUCCUCUAG